AAAUCCCCCGAUGCUCACACCUGCGGAUAGGCAAAUAAUCGAUUCACUAGGCAUAACAGGCGAGUCAGAUUCGAGGAAAACCUGUCAUCAACAAACGUCGCACAAUAGACAAGUGGAAAGAGCGAGGAAAUUUUCGUUUGGGAGAAGACAGAGACUGUAUGGGGAUCACCGGCCGGCCAAAGAGUCGAAUAAUUUGCCGCCAUUGAGUGGCAGUGUGGGCGCGGAAAGGGAGAUUGAAAUGGAGUUUUUCGACGACGCUAAAAAUGUAUCGCCAAAAAUGAACACGCGCGUCCAAAAGUGGAUCAGCCAGCACGAUUUCAAGGCAGACGAAGGAAAAAAGGGCCUGGAAGCUGAAACGACAGUAACCAGGGCGCAAAGGAAGCGAAAAGGAGAAUACGACGGCAUCAAAGUGGAGCAGCGGACCGAUGUGAUCAAAUGCGAAAGUCCCACUCAGUCGUCCCACGAGGACUUUGUCCAGCUGGUGAAGCUGCUGAAGGAUGGCCCAGCCAUCGCUCAGAAGGAGCGCCGAGCCCCGAUUAAACCCAUAUCGAAGUACCGCCGGAAAUCGAUGUCGGCGCCCCCGGCCAAUUUUUCGGUUAUUCUCGAAGGCGAAAAGUCCGAAUUGCCGGAGAGCAACAAGCGGAGCGAGUUCUCGUUCAAGUCGAUCAAAACCAGCAAUCAUCAGCCCUCCAUACCAAACAACCAAGCCUCGAUGCCAUCCAGUCGGCAUAAGCGGCACGCUGAUAUAAUGGUUCCGAAGCCGAGCAGCAUCGAUCGGAAGCAAAGGAAGCGCCGAACUCUCGAACCGAUUGGGCCAAGCGUUGAUUACGACAGUAGAAUCACUGGCCUGAAGCCAUUGGCCAACACCAACGCCGAAGAAGACAUUGCGGCGAAAAUCCGAAGCUUAGAAGACAAGUGGAGCGGCCAGGCCCCCUCCGAGAAGAAGCCCAAAGACCUGAUGCGCGCCAUAGGAAAAAUUGAAACCUCCGACUGGAACAUUAAGCAAAUCGAGAAGAAAAUCCUGGAGAACAAAAUAGGGAAACCGUCCACCUUGAACGCGGACAAGGAGCGAGUGCCUCGUUGGAGUAAGGAGGAGUUCAGAGCGCGCCAAACCAAGAUGGAAAAGAAGCACCUGGACAGACAAGAGAGCGCUGAAGCCAAAUACGCCGAUAUAGACAGAAACAUCAAGCAGCUAGAGCUGAAGCUGAAAGAAGGCACCAAUCGGGAACUGGGCCAAAACAAAGUGGCCUCAAUUACGGAAAAACUCGUCAACAAAACCCCGGUGGAGCCGGAAAAACCGGCGCAGCCCAAGCCCGUAGGCCUGCCAGUGCAGUCGGGCUCAGAAUUCUGCCACUUCUGCUGGAAGCGCGUCUACCUAAUGGAAAGAGUGUCUGCAGAAGGCAAAUUCUUCCACCACAGAUGUUUCAAAUGCAAGUACUGCCACUCGCAGCUCCGACUGGGCUCCUACAUGUUUGAUAGGGACGGCCAGUACGACUACGGCUUUUUCUGCAUUCAUCACUUUGGCAUGCAAGGCGAAUUGCCCCGGCCGACCAAAGUAACGCGGAAACCCAGCGUUAAAGGCCCCAGAGAGGCGGGCAGAAGUCCGCAGAAGAAGCCGCUAUCGGCAGUGGCUGGCGUCGAUUUGCUCGACAGAGUGCGAACCCCCGAACGAAUCGAAUUUGCCAAUCUUUCAACCGAUAACAUAUCGGACCAUGAGGAACCGCUGAGCCAAAUGGACGAGGACGAAUGGACUGACAAAAAUUUCGGCGCUUCAUGCAACGAGUUGGAUGAAAGUGAUGACGAUUCUUCGUCUAGCGUCAGUGAUACUGAUAGCGACGAUGAGGACGCGUUUGACGAUGCUCUUGAGCAGCCGAUAACCAAGGAGGGCACCAUGAAAUGGGCCGAACGACUGAAAAACAGCUACCGAAAGGGCCACCACUCAGACUCGGACGGUUACAGCAGUUCCGACCACAGCAGCUACUACGAAAAUAGUACCGAUGACUCAGAUUCGGACACUGCGACGGAAGGCGAAGAGGAAAUCCGCGCCCGAGAGCUCAGAAGGCAAGAGGUGCGCGUGGAGCCUCCAGUAGUCCAAACUGACACCGGAACGGACACUGAGGUGAAGAAAUCUCUUGAUAUAUUACCGCGCGAAAUGGUUCCCGAUAUUCUAAACGAUCACAAUAAUCGCCUUGACCCCCAACCCUCACCCGCUAUUAGCAAGUCUCCCAGUAAUUACUCAAUUAAUUCCGAAGUGUUUAACAGUGCCGAGAGCGACGUGGACUUUAACAUGAACCAAACUAGUGCACUUAAUCCUAACGUGGUGGUUGGAAAGUUAACGUUUGCCCCUACAGCGGACUGCAAGCCGCCGGUCGGCUCCAAGUAUAAGCAGCAGUCAAGCCGGCUGGCUAAAAGUGCGACGGCCGGCAAUUUGGGCCCGAAGCCGAAGAGGAACUUCGUGCUGCCGCCUAAGGAGCAGCGGCGCAGCUUCGUCCAGGAAUUCACGCCAAAAUUCAAGCUGGAAGAGCCGCUUUUGGUGAUCAAACGAACCCCCAGCAAGGUGAACCUCCCCAAGGAGAUCAAGCCCAAAGUCGCGGUGACUGCAAAGGCGCUUGACACUAACAAGUACUUUGGGGCCCCGAUGAACAAACUGCAAAGAUCCGGAACGAGGAUGGCCUGCCCCAAACCGCACCCGCCACUAGUCAAGCAGACCAGCCUUCCGGAGACUGGCAACUUUAACUUCGACCUGAAGGACUCUGACUGGGAUAACGUGGACAACUACAUCGAAGACCUGCUGACCAACCAGGACGAACUGAGCAAGCCGGUGGACAUCAGCAAGUACAUCCAACCGCCGGAGGAACAAGAGGAGGACGUUUCCAGCAGCAUUGAGGACUUGUUCAGUGCCUUGGAGAAAACCGCUGAAGCUCCCAACAUCGAGACGCAAAAGGAGUGCGAUGAGAAAAUCGAGGACUUGCUCAAGUGGAUGGAAGAGCUGGACCAUCAGACACCCGCCAGGAAAGUGUAUCGCUCAGUCAGCGACGCCAAGUACAAAAACCUGGAAAGUCUGCUCAAAAGGCCCCAAACCGGCGACUCUUUGGUGAGCAAACUGCCCAAGACCAACGUGGCCUUUUUCGAGGCAAUUCUAAAAGGAAAGCCUUUGGCCAAAGACAGCAGCAGCGACGAAAACUUGAACGAGACCAGAAGCAUUAGCCGCUCAAAAACCGAGGUGCAUUUCAACCGGAGCAAACACCCGCGAACCUCCGUUGACCUGGAGGCAGUGAGCAAAGUCAAUAUCAAGUCAGUGUUAAAGAAGUUCGAGUCGCUGGACCAGGAGGAGGAGGAGGCGAACUCCAAGCCAGAGAAACCCGUGGUGAAGCGAUUCUCUUUGGGCAACUUCCCGGCAAAAUCUCCAUCUCACCGGGAGCUGAAAGCCCCCAUCGUCAAGCCAAAGCCCAUCGGAAAAACAAUAAAAAAAUUCGAAAGUCAACCGAAGGAGUUCAAGAAAAUUGAGUACAAACCAGCACCUCUGGAGGCGCAGCGCUCGUUUGAAGACAGCAUAAAGGACUUGGAGAAGUUUGUGGACGACACCAUAGAAAGCAUUGGAAAAAGCAGCAAAUCGGACGGCUUGGGAAAAAGCAAGAGCGACUGGUGCGUGAACGUGACGGUUUCCUCCAAAGUGAGCCCAGAGUUUUUGAAACUUCAGCAAAAAACCGCUGAGAACCAAUCGAAGCCUGCGACGGCUAGUGGGAGGGGCAACGUUGAGUCAAACCCCGCAGACGCGGACUUUGCCAAAGAGCUGCAGGAUUUCCAAGUGGCGAUGUCGGUUUUAACCGAUGAGGCCAGCACCAGUGAAGAAACCCCCAAACCUCACAAUUUCUUCAAGGCUGUUCAAUCUUCCGACAGCUCAACGGCUGAAGAACUUGAACAGCCCGAGAGCUCCAUUAGCUCUGAGUACAAGAAAGAAGCUGCGUUGCCUCAUGAUUUUACCCCAGCUGUGCUAAGCAGCUCGUUUGAAGGCGCUUCUGAAGCAGGAAAAGUGCACGAAGACGCGCUUUACAGCAAGGUGGUAAAGCCGAAUAAAGAACCAUCGUGUUCCCCAGCGGCUCCGCCCCGGAGGAAACACUCUCAAGGGAGUGCAGCUGUACCUCUUCCUCCUCCUAGAGCGGCCAGGCAAAAGUCGCAGGACUUGACGGUAAACAACGAAAAUGUUCCCCAACCAAUCGCUCCUCAGAGAAAGCGGUGCAACACCGCAUCCCCAUUGGUUCGGCGGAAAAACCCAGAGCUCAAACCUUUGAACCGCAAUGGUAAAAGCACUUCGACCAGCAAUUUGGAGAAAGUCAUUGUGGGUUCGUUUGAGCUGCCCGGGCCGCAGAAGGUCUCUAUCAGCGGCACCAAGUCGCUUAGCAGCGAGAAUCUGCCCAAAUUUCCCCCGAAGUAUGGCCGCAAAGACAAAGAUAAAGACUGUUGCAUCCAAUAAGACUUCCAUAUUUUUUUAAAUUUUCUAGUCAUUUUUACGUGCUUUAAGGUAGAAAUAUUCUACUCACCCACAUGGAUUGAAUAAUUUAUUAUUGUUAAUUGUGUGUAUAUGUUCCAUUAUAUUCAUAGAGAUAAGUUGCACAUUUUCUGAAUCGAAUUCACUAAGCCGUUGAUGCAAGAUUGUAGUUUUUGAGAUGUUUUUGGCUUCCGGAGUCAACAGUCACGUUAAAGCAAUUAGGUAACUAUAGAAGAGAGUGCAGUGGCCUUUUUGUUUUGUUGUUUAUUAAUAGAGAGCGUUAAUCCAUUGCUCA